AUGGCGACGCUACAAUCAAUACCACGAUUUCUUCUGCCUAGGGGACCUCUUCUCCUCCGCCCGGCACCGCGCGCCCUCCAGCUCCCAUCCACAACAACCCUCCGAUAUGCCUCGUCCUCCUCCAAAGCCAGAACGCUCUCGGAACAAUUCCAAAGAAGACAGCGGCAACAACAGGCUGCACCUACAAUCCCACAGCCGGACAAAUACCGACCGCCCUCCCACGGCAAACGCACACCCCGAAGUGAGACAAACUACCGCAGCUACGGGCCGGCCUUGACAGAGGAGGACAAGCAACGCAUGCGCACGAAGAAGUACCCAAACAUGAUGAGUCCCGAGGGAACGUUUUCGCACUGGUUCCUCAACAACCGCGCCAUUCACCUCUGGAUAUCUAUGGGCAUACUCAUCUCCCUCGCAAUUGCCGCCUGGUACAUGGACUUCAUGUCCAAGACCAUCUACGGCGAGCUGGUCCCCGGGCGCAAAGAAUUCUUCCGCCACCCAUUCGAGUCGACGAGUCGUUUCAUCGAGGUCUACAAAAUGCAUGUUGCGCACCAGACGCAGGUUGUGCAAGAAAAGCGCUUGAAGAAGGAGGAGGAGAUUGAGAAGAGGAAGCAGUAUCGGUUGGAGAGGAUAAGGGAGGCGGAGGAGAGGGGCGAGGAGUAUGUGGAGGAUCCGAGGUACUAUAUUGGGGAGGAUGGCAUUCGAAGAAGGAGGGUGAAGAGGUGGUUUGGUAUCUGGGAGUAG